GCGGACAGACCUAGCGGGCACUCCCAGCGUCCCUGGGAGUACAGGUGCACGGGGUGGGGGGAGUUCCCACAGGCACUUGUCUAGGGGGCGCUCCCAGGGCCCAAACGCACACAGCACCUCUCAGGUGUUCGUUCACACAGGCACAUCGCCCGAGGACGCCGACGCACGCCUAGAGGGCGCUGCAGGGCCCACACGCACACGCACGCACACACACCCGUGUCCGCCUCCGCCUUGGCUAGAGAGGCCGAGGCGCGCGGCCCCCUUCCAGGCCCAUAAGAGGCUGGGUGGAAACUGCGACGAGGCCAUCGAAGGCAGCGCUAGGCUUGAGCAGGAGCCCAGAGGCGCUGCCGCCAUGGAGGCGCUGCUGCUGGGCGCGGGGUUGUUGCUGGGCGCCUACGUGCUCAUUUACUACAACCUGGUGAAGGCCCCGCAGUGCGGCGGCCUCGGCAGUCUGCGGGGCCGCACGGCCGCCCCGUCAGGCGCCAACAGCGGCAUCGGCAAGAUGACAGCCCUGGAGCUGGCGCGUCGGGGAGCUCGUGUGGUGCUGGCCUGCCGCAGCCGGGAACGUGGGGAGGCUGCUGCCUUUGACCUUCGCCAGGAGAGUGGGAACAAUGAGGUCAUCUUCAUGGCCUUGGACUUGGCCAGUCUGGCCUCGGUGCGGGCCUUUGCCACUGCCUUCCUGAGCUCUGAGCCUCGGCUGGACAUCCUCAUCCACAAUGCCGGGAUCAGUUCCUGUGGCCGGACCCGGGAGGCCUUUAACCUGCUGCUUCGUGUGAACCACAUUGGCCCCUUCUUGCUAACACAUCUGCUGGUGCCACGCCUGAAGACUUGCGCCCCUAGCCGUGUGGUCAUGGUAUCUUCAGCUGCCCAUCAGCGUGGGCGCCUCGAUUUCACCCGCCUGGACCGCCCAGUGGUGGGCUGGCAGCAGGAGCUUCGGGCAUAUGCUGACAGCAAGCUGGCCAACGUAUUGUUUGCCCGGGAGCUCGCCACCCGGCUUGAAGGCACUGGUGUCACCUGCUAUGCAGCCCACCCAGGACCUGUGAACUCUGAGCUAUUCCUGCGCCAUGUUCCUGGAUGGCUGCGCCCACUUUUGUGCCCAUUGGCCUGGCUGGUGCUCCGGACACCCAAAGGAGGUGCCCAGACACCGCUGUACUGUGCUCUACAAGAGGGCAUUGAGCCCUUCAAUGGGAGAUAUUUUGCCAACUGCCAUGUGGAAGAGGUGCCCCCAGCUGCCCGAGAUGACCAUGUAGCCCACCAGCUAUGGGAGGCCAGCAUGAAGUUGGCAGGGCUUGGGCCUGAGGAAGAGGAGGAACCUGAUGAAGAACCUCAGCCGAAAGACCUAUCUUUAUUGAGCACCCCGUACUUUGGGGAGCCCACAGUUUCUGAACCCUCUUCCCCUGGUCCUCAAAGAUCACCAGACUUGUCCACAGUGAUCCACCGAAUUCAGGUGAAAGCUGAGCCUGACACCCAAGUCUCCUAACCCCCAGGCUAAGAUGCUUUUUGUGACACUCCUUGACCCCUGGAAACCACAAAUGUGUGCCAGGCCAUGCCCUGGGCACUGAGGGGUUUGCCAUUUUUGCCUCCAUGGUUACUUUCUGGAGGCUCUGUGUGUGUCCUGGAAGGAAAUAAUGACUAUUUCUUCCUGAGAGGGAUAGUAACUCCUGAUUCAGGAGUAGAUGGUAAUGUGCUUCUCUAGAAUUUAAAUUUCAGAUUUCUAGGCCCUACCCUGGGUAGUUCAGAUCAGAUCUGGGGCAGAGCCAGGGAAUUUGUGAUUUGAUGCACUGCCAACACUGAGGACUGAAACUGAGCCCUUUGCAACCGUCUUGAUAGGUAGUUAAAUUAUCCCAUUUUGGCUGAGCAUAGUGGCGUGAAGGCCUGUGAUCCUAGCACUCCAGACCCAGAGGCAGAAGGAUCUCUGUGAGUUUUGAGUCCAGCCUGGGCUACAUAGUGAGACCCUGGCUCCAAAUAAAAUUAUCCCAUUUUACAGUGGUGGGAUGAGGUCCGCAGGAAAGGACUCGCCCAACCCAAAGACUAAAGCAGUAAGAACAGGGACUGCAAUUUGAGCCCAGGAGUCUUAACACCAGAACCCGUUACUAUGUGGUGGUGCCCCGAGGUGGAGAGGGACAGUGGUUUAUCGAGGUACGGGAGAAGCCCUCCGGGGUUCCUGGGGGCUGGGUCCCUUAGUGUGGAACCGCUAUAAUAAAACGAGUUGACUCCCUGGGCUCGCGCUGUCUCCUGCC